UGACGUCAGCCCCCUCGUAGACCGUCGGUCCACCCUUCACUUUGACUUCACGCGUUUGUGGGUGCAUUUCCAUGCAGUCGACGGUCUUCCGCCCGUCUCACAAUGUCCGGAGUUUGGAGAGCUUCAGCCGCCGCCGCUGCCUUGGCUCUCUGCGGUGCUUUCCUGGCCGCGGAGGCGCAGACGCCGACUCCCCCGCCAGCUCCGAUUUCAGCUCCCUGCGCCUUGAGAUCCAAUACCAGUUGUGCAGAAUGCCUGCAGAAUGUGACAUGUCUGUGGUGCAUACCAACCCGACGAUGCAUUGACUACCCAGUGAGGAACAUCCUGCCCCCCAGCAGUGUGUGUCGUUUGACAGAUGCACGAUGGGGGGUCUGUUGGGUCAACUUCCAGAUUUUGAUCAUCACCCUGUCGGUGCUGGCUGGCAUCGUCAUCAUUGCCAUUUUUGUUUGCUGCUUCUGCUGCUGCAAAUGUGAAAGAGUUGGAAACAAGAGAGAGGAUGCAAAGGUGGAGCGACAAACCCGUGCGAGGAAGGCCCGUCAGAAAGCGAGGAGAACAGAAAUGCAGCUGAGGCAUGAUGAAAUCAGGCAGAAAUAUGGUCUGGCAAAGGAUAAUCCAUACUCCCGUAUGGACGACCAUUAAGAAGAAUCACAGCGAUGAUUCCUUAAAAAAAAACCUUAAGAUAUUCGAUGCCAGUAACAUUGAGAUACAGCAUUCAAGUACCAUAUGAUAAUUGUGAUUCUGCAGAUGUUUUCAGUGUUUCAGUGAAUGCAAAAAAGAAGUCAUCAAAAUGUUCUGAAAUCGUUUUGACCAAGUGCGCACUAUAUGCCAAACAUGGAGCAUUCACCUAAUGUUUAAUUUUUUAUACACGUCACUGUCUGCUAUUAAUAUUUUCUUGUGCUUUCAUUUAGGUGUGCAUUAUUGUGCGAAAAUCUGUUCAGUUAACUUGUUUUCUGUCCACACAGGAAACCAGAUGUAAGAGCAAAUCUGUUAAAACAUAUUGUCCAUCCAGAUAAGCAAACAUUAUUGUAUUCAUUUGCAUAAAAUGCAGUAUUGUAAAAUUUCCACAACUCCAGAGCUGAUCUGUGCUUAUGUUGCUUUUUUUUUGUAACUAGCAGUUUCACUCUCAUUCUGUAAUUGUACACUAUAUUACUGAUUGUCAUUCAUUUCUAAAGUUUGCCAAUUAUUUUUAUAUAAAAAGAUCAUCUGUAACAUGUAACAUAUUUUACACAAUUUUUGCUAUUUGUUGAUAAAUAUCAGAAUCAGAAUAAGAUGCAGAGCUUUACUGAAUAAAAGAAAUGUGUUCCCCUCAAAUUACAUGGGAAGCAUUUGAUUCUUGUGCAGCUGUUGUUAAAGACAAAUGGUGACCAUGAAUUUCAAAAUUAAAUUGAUAAAACUGAAAUUUAAACUGCAAUUUGAUUUUUUUUACUUAGAAUAUAACAAAACCAAAUUCGCAACGUCUCCAACUCCCAACCCCACCCCACCAAAACACAAAUACAGGAACAAGAGGGGUCAACAUAGUGGCUUUAAAAAAAAAAAAAAAGGAAA